AUGCAACCUCAUACAAUUAUCAAUCAAACAUUAUAUUCAUAUUGUAAAGAACAAUAUGAAUUUAAUAUUCAAUCAAUGUUUAUUAAUUUAACGACAUGGCCGUCGGGAUUUAUUUAUGCUCGUAAUCCGCAUCAGAAACUCGAUGAUGAUUAUUAUACAACACUAUUAUCCAUACCACAAUGUACCAUGGAAUUACGAGCAUCAAUUGGUGAUCAUAUUCGAUUUGUUUUUUAUCCGAUUUUUAAUAUACGAGAUGAUUAUGAUCAAGAUUAUUUUAUUUCAAUAACAAGAGUACCGUGUUUAAAAAUUAGAGAUCAUCAUGAAACAACAACCUUCGAUUGUCCUAUGUUGUCUGAUAAAAGCAAAUCAACAUCAUUGAAUCGUCAAUCUGAUGACUACCUAUCUAAGAGUAAUAUAGUUUAUCUUGAAUUUAUUCAACCACCUAGUUUUCCUAAUGAUUACGAUGAUAAUUUUCAUCAAUUUAAACUAUUUUUUACAUCAUUUACUCCAAAAAUACAUGUUGGUGUUAAUGAUGAUUUAUUUAUUUGUCCAAUGGAAUAUCUCAUUGAUUGUGAUGAUUCAUAUUGUGUACAUGGAAAUGCUCGUUGUAAUGGUAUAAAUGAAUGUCGUUCGAAAGUUGAUGAAGAAUUAUGUACUCAUACAUAUUGA